ACUAGCGUCUUGAAGGCUUGAAGCAUAGAAUAACACAAUCAAGCAAAAAAUGGAAGAUUUUGGCAAAAUUGAGGGAGAAAUUGAACCUUGUUCUCAAGAAGAAACGCUGCAAGAUCAUUCCCUCAAUCAAGAAGAUUCCUUUGUUUGGGAUGAUAAUUCCCAGCUUUACUAUCAUGCCAGAAGUGGGUUUUAUCAUGACCCAAAUGCAGGGUGGUAUUAUAGUACUAGAGAUGGAUUUUAUUACAAAUUUGAGGAUGGAAAUUACAUAUUGUUAGAUUCCUAUAAUAAGGAUCAUCGAUCAGACCCUGAAACACAAGGCGAAUCCGCUUUUGAUGCACCUCGGCUGCAGUCUUUAUGUGAACAAGAGGAUGUCCAAUAUCAUCAGGGAACUGAAAAUGAAGCUAAGCAAAUAGGCUAUAUCAAACACAGUAGCUGCGAGUUGCCUGAGAAUGCUCCACCGUCGGAAUGGUUAGAAGAUACAUUAAUUGAACUGUAUUUGGCAGGGUAUCCAAAUUUAGAAUCAAAUGUUGCUGAUGACCGGCUGCUGCCUGAGGAAAUAGAUGACAAGGAUAGUUCUGUGUUAACGACUGAUGGAAACAAUAAACUCUAUGAACACGGAGAUGCUGAGUUGAGUUUGGACCAUCGUACAGCAACAGAACUAGCCGCUAGUGACUUAUGUGAAGAUUGGGAAGAAGAAAGCUGGCGAGCUCAAUAUGGUCAAGUUGUCCCACAGGAGGAGGAAUCAGGAUCGAGAAUCCAUAUAAAAGAUAUGUGGGACUGGUCAAUGGUAAGAGAAAUCCAAAAAGAAGGAAGCUGUCCAGUGGCUAGGAUUGUAGGGAGGAUAGUGCAACCUUCCUCCAAGCUUCAUCCUUCGAUGCCUUCUCAUGGUCGUCGUUUGAGAACAGCUCCAAUAUGCCAGGCCCAUCUUGAUUUGGUGCAGGUUAGAUCAGGGCAAGUGUAUAAGCUGCGGACCCCUAGUGCAAGAUAUUUAGCCACCCUGUCGACUUAUGAUGCUUCCAAUCCAUCCAGAGAUUGGGGUUUUCCUGAGUUAUCAAUUGAAGGGAUUAAUGAAUCAUGUAAAUCUAAAACAACACUUCAAGUUUGCUCUCAGGAGUACACAAGUUCAUGCCAAAAUAAAUCCUCUGUUUAUGAGAAGGACAAAAGCCAAGUAUAUAGGGACAGAGCAGCUGAAAGAAGAGCGCUGCAUGGCAGUUUUGGUACAGCCCCUGGGCAGAAGAGGUCGGCGGAUGAUACAACUCUACCUUUGGUCCCUGUUGAGGAAGCUGCUGCUGAAGCCUUAGAAAUGUCACUUGGAGCUGGUAGCUAUGCUCAAAAACUUCUCAAAAACAUGGGCUGGAAAGAGGGCGAAGGACUUGGAAGAACUCAACAAGGGAUGAGAGAACCUCUACAGGGCAUUGGAAAUAAAGGUACUGCUGGAUUGGGAUGGAAAUCGAGGUGAAGAGGAUGCUAUAACUCACUUUGACAGAGUUCUGGCGAUAUUCAAGCAACAUGAUAUUGCACUAGGAUGCAGAGUUAGCAUAGUUAUUACUAGUCUUACAUGCACGCAAUGCGUGCGAUAUAGAAAAUAAAAUUAAUUGAGUUGAAAAGCUAUUUUUAUAUUUUAUUUCCACAAAAAAUUGAUGUUCAGUUUAAAUGUCUACUUUCCCUCUCUUUUUUCAUUCAAAUGAAACAGUUAGUUAUUUCUUUUUUUUUUCUUUUUUUUCCUUUUUCUAUUUCUUGGUGUCCCCCAUGUGUUGUCUUAUAUAAUAGAGAUGUGUUGCACUUGAAA